GCUAAAAAUGGAGGUUGAACACAAUAAGCCACCUUUUUCUUCUUCUUAACCUCCUCAAAAUGUCUACCGUAGAUCACUCGACACGACGCAAAUGGCUGUCUUACUCCACCACCCACUUCUCUUCCACACCACCAAAACCCCUUCACUCCACACCCACACCCACAAACCAACCCUUUUCAGAACCACCCGAACACUCCUCAACUGUGCUGCUGCAGUGGCCGCACCACAACAACAGAUCCCCUCCUCCAGUGACGGAACGGAAGAUGUGCUUGUGGAAGAGCAGAUAGGGAGAGUUUACCCGGUGGGUUACGACUGGACAGAGGAAUGGUACCCUCUGUAUUUAACUAAAGAUGUACCCGAUGAUGCCCCUUUGGGUUUGACUGUGUUUGAUAAACAAGUUGUCUUGUAUCGUGAUGGGAAUGGAGACCUUCAGUGUUAUGAGGAUCGCUGUCCUCACAGGCUUGCAAAACUUUCAGAGGGCCAAAUUGUUGAUGGAAGAUUGGAGUGUUUGUACCAUGGCUGGCAGUUUGAAGGCAAUGAGGGCAAAUGUGUCAAAAUUCCCCAGCUUCCUGCAAAUGCAAAAAUACCUCGAUCCGCCUGCACCAAAACAUACGAAAUCAAAGACUCACAAGGUGUUGUUUGGAUAUGGAUGUCACACAAAACACCACCAAACCCUAGCAAAAUCCCGUGGUUCGAAAACUUUGCCCGGCCCGGUUUUAAAGACAUUUCAACCAUUCACGAGCUUCCUUACGAUCACUCGAUUCUUCUCGAAAACCUAAUGGACCCCGCUCACGUCCCGAUCUCACACGAUAGAACUGAUUGGAGUGCCAAACGGGAAGACGCUCAACCGCUACUUUUCAAAGUCACAGAAAGAACUGAGCGUGGGUUCGCGGGUUUUUGGGGCCGGGAAGCCGAUAAGACGCCACAAAACUUUUUAAGAUUCGAAGCACCGUGUAAUCUACAAAACAACCGUGAGAUUGUGGACAAAGACGGUGUGACGAAUUACUUCUCAGGUCUUUUCUUAUGUAGACCGACCGGUCAAGGAAAGUCAAUGCUUAUAGUUCGAUUCGGAAGCACGAAAAGAUCACCAUUAGCAAAGUUUUUCCCGGAAUGGUAUUUUCAUCAAAACGCUGGGAAAGUAUUCGAACAAGAUAUGGGAUUUUUAUCGUCUCAAAACGAGAUUUUGUAUAAAGAAAAAGUACCGACGAAAGAUCUUUAUUUAAACUUAAGAUCAUCCGACACAUGGGUUGCCGAGUAUCGUAAAUGGAUGGAUAAAGUCGGUCACGGGAUGCCGUACCAUUUCGGGCAUUCAACAAUUUCGUUGCCAGUCGAACCCGCGGUUGUCGAGCAUGCUCCUGCUGGUUUUGUUGCAAGCAUUGCCGCUUCUUCGCCUGCAAAGGGUGGGAUCGGAAUCAAAUACGCGCCGAAUCUUGCUAACAGGUAUUUUAGGCAUGUGGUUCAUUGUAAAGACUGCCGGAAUGUGGUGAAAGCUUUUGAGGCAUGGAAGAAUCGGUUGUCUGUGGUGGCGGCUUUGUCGCUGACGUUUGCGAUUUUGUUCAACGCGAGGCAGUGGAAGGCGGUUUUUCUGCUGGCGGCGGCGUUGUCUGGAGGUGGAGCUUACGUGUGCUCGACGGCUGUGGCGAUGAACACGACCAACUUUAUAAGAACUCAUAGGAGAUUGUAGAAAGUAUAAUAUGUGUUCAGUUUUGUUGCAGGAAUCAUUUAUACAAUUACAUAUAUAUUAUUGUUUGAUUAAUCAUUUAUGUUUAAGUUUGUUUAUUAGCUAUUA